UCAGUUCAGGGCAAAGUACGUUUUCACGCAAGUUUUAUUCAAACAAAUAGUGUGUAAUAAUAAUAUCUCUGUAAACAUGUCCACAAAGGGCAAUGUCACGAGGGAGGUAUUCGAUACGCAUUUCAAUGAACUUUUGAAAAGUAAAACCGCAUUAAACACAGUCCAACUGACUAAAGCGAAAUACUUACGCAUAAUUGAACAGGUGAAAGAAGCACAUUCGAAAACACGGAAGACUGCUAUGGAUUACAGGCGAAUCAAACGGUACAAAGUUUUACCAACUCCAUAUGGUGAAAAAUUAUUUCAUAACGGCGGCAACUUGUCACAGAUGUUCGUAACACUGGAUGAAGUGUAUGAUAUUAUACACGAAUAUCACCUCAAAUUGAAUCACUGUGGAAAAAAUCGUCUCGUCAGUGCUAUCAAGCAGAAAUACAGAAACGUCACAGCUGAAUUCAUUAUACUUUAUUUAAAACUGUGCAAAGGAUGCAAGACGAAAGCGCAAAAAAACACGAUGAAAUCAAAGAGUAAUAAUACCACGGCAGAUACAGCAGCUGCAGAGAUAUUAUGUGAAGUUGGAUCAAGUCAUCAAAUGCCUAUAGAUAACUUAAUUGACAUACAUUUCCAGGACGUAGCCGAAGACACAGAUGCACAAGAGAAUGUUUUCGAUGAAGAAAUUAAGACCUACCCGGAACAAUUCUCCCGUGGUCAAAUCGACAUACUCAACGUAACGACCGUGCCGCACGAAGCGUAUAAAUAUUUAAUGGUGUAUAGGAAUCUAGUGACUAAGUUCAUUCACUUGAAGCCAUUAACAUCUACAAGCGUCGAGGAAAGCGCUGACGCACUUUUAUCGAUAUUCCUAGUAUUUGGAGCGCCGAAUGUGUUACAAUCACGAAAUGGGUUGUCGGUAUCGAAGCAUAUUUGUAAAAAAAUAUCUGGGAUAUGUCCUGAAAUUAAAGUUGUAUAUGGAAAACCACAAAAAAAUGGUGUGAAAGGGCAUUCAAAUAAAGAUAUAUUGAAGUUGCUGCGUGAUUUUUUAAAACAACACACGACAAUGAAAUGGCAUCAAGCUAUAAAGUUUGUACAAAACUCGUUGAAUACUUCAUUCGAUAUGAGCAUUUGUAGAACGCCCAGUGAAGCAACUUUUGGCUCAAAUCCUAAAGCCGGUCUUUUAGCAAUUCUUACUCAAAACGACUGUGAUAAUAAUUUACAGAGCGAAGAUGAUUUGGUUCGAAUGUUAGGCGAAAAGGACGCUGGCAAUGUUUCCAAUCAAAUAAUGCUGCAGGAAUCCUUGAUUCCAGCUUCAUCUAUUAUAAAAAUUGAAAACAUGGAUGGUGACGAUGAUGACGACGGCGAUAUUUUUUAUAGUAAUCUAAAUUUUUAAAAAUAUAAUUAAGAAUAUAAAUAAAGGAAAUGAAAGGAGUCGAUCAAAGCAA